UCAUGGGGGACGGCCGCUCAGGGAAGCCAUGUUGAGUGUGGCAAACAUGCGGGCGCCGGAACUGAAGCGGCCAUCUUGGGCAGGACUGUGAAGUCUUAGAGAGGAUAGAUCUGAAGACUCGCGCUUAAUGGCGGCGCAAAAUGUCUCCAUCUUGGGAGUGGCGGCUCCUGCAGCCGGAACAGAGAGUUCCUGAAAAAUGCCGGCGAACCCCCAGCGAGGGGGGGCGGGGAAGCUAAUGAACACGUGAUUGCAUAGCGGCUCUGCCGCGUCCCCUUCUGGGACUGUUCUUUGCGCCGCAUCAGCCAAUGGGAGUGGUAGCGUGGAACGCAGGUGGUCUCCAUGGGAACUUUGGAGGGAGGAGGGGGAGGAGGUUACCUAGCAACCGGGAGAUGCUGAGAGGGCCAGCCAAGCGGUCGGAAAGUGUAUUCCCCCGCGCCGAGGAACCAGAGUUGUCGGAUCCCGAAAAGGGGCAGCAGACGCUCAGUUGCUUCUCUAGCUCCUAAGAGUCCUUGGCCCCAACCCAAUCAUGACGUCUCCUCUGUGCAGGGCGGCAUCUGCCAACGCCCUGACUGCUCAGGACCAGGUCUCUACACCCUCUUCCAAAGCCAAGGGCAGUAAGCCUCCGGCCAAGUACAGCUAUCCCAGAGGCAAGUCCGCUUCGCGGGCACAGGCCUGGCCCGCACGUCAUUCCAAGACGGAACCCCACCGCUCCGGUGCGGUGAAGACUUCUGUGCACGCACAGGUGGUUGAGUUGCAAAGGAAGAUUCAACUAUUAGAGGGUGACCGGAAAGCCUUUUAUGAGAGCUCCCAGUAUAACAUCAAGAAGAACCAGGACACCAUCAGUCAGCUCCGAGAGGAGAUCAAGGUUCUCCAGCUGCAGCUGACAGACUUGCUUCAGGGAGAUGAGAAAGUGGUCCAGGCAGUAAUUCAAGAAUGGAAAUCAGAGAAGCCAUACCUGAAGAACAGGACAGGCCAGGUUUGCCUCACCCGACUGACCAGCUCCCUUCAUCUCCAACCUGGGUAUCCUCCUCACUGGACUUCCUGCUGCCACUUUCAGUCUCUCCAGACCUUCCUGUACACUGGCUGCCAAUCAUUUACUCCCUUAGGAAGUCUUUAUUACGCACUGACUUUGUGUUUGAUAUGGUGUGAGGUGUUGGUGACCAUGCAGUGACAAAACAGAUCAAGUCCCCCUUCCAAGAAGCACCAAAAGGAACAAAACCCAAAAGGAAACAAAAUGUCCCCCAAAAGUUGGGCAUGGUGGUCCACCAUGCCUGUAGUCCCAGCUACUUGGGAGGAUGAGGCAGAAGGAUCUCUUGAUUCCAGGAGUUUGAGGCCAACUGAGAAACAUGGGACCCCAGCUCUUAGGAGGAAAAAAAAAAACAGAACAAUAAAUAUAAGA